AUGGCCUCCAAACCCAUUCUGGACUCAAAGCAGACCGAGGUGGUAGUGCAGGGCAUCCGGACGGAGGUGGUGUGUACAGCGUUCGCUAACACCCUCCUGGUGGUGGUGACGCAGUACGGGACGAUGGGCACCCUGGUCUCGGUGGAGCCCGACAUGGUGGCUGACGGGCUCAGCAAGCCAUUGCUCGCAACAAAAGUCCUCCUCGGCAAGGAUGAGCCUCUCGUCCACAUCUGUGCCAGACAUCUGGUGACGUUCGUGUCUCAGGAAGCCGGGAACAAGCCCGUUCUCCUCGCCAUGGCCCUGAAGGACAAGAGCAUCGAGGGAAUCCGGACUUUGCAGGAGGCGAUCCGGAGGUGCCAGGUUUGGUGA